AUGUCCGUCCGGGAACCCGUCCCCGCCAUGUCCGCCGCCCUAAAAGGCGCCCAGAUCUACUUUGGCCCAUUCCUCGUCACCUCCCAGGUCUUCCACCUCACACCACUCUCCUUCGCCCUCGUAAACCUGAAACCCAUCCUCCCAGGCCACGUCCUGGUUUCCCCGCGCCGGCGCGUUCCCCGCGUCGCGGACCUGACGGCCGCCGAAACGAGCGAUCUCUUCCUCACCGUGCAGCGGGUCGGACGGUUGGUUGAGCGCGUGUACGGCGCGUCGAGUCUAAAUAUUGCGGUGCAGGACGGGCCGGAGGCGGGGCAGAGCGUGGCGCAUGUGCAUGCGCACAUCAUCCCGCGGAAACGGGCGGAUCUGGAUCAUCGAGGUGGGAUGGAUGCGGUUUAUGGUCUGUUGGAUGGAGAGGAGGGGGAUCUGAGGCGGGCGUUUGGGGAGGGAAAGGAGGGGGAGAGGAUGCCAAGACCGAAGUUCCCUACUGUUGAUAAUGAGGGGCGGCCGCCGAGGAGUAUGGAGGAGAUGGAGGCUGAGGCGGAGAUGUUGGCGAGGGAGAUGGAGAGGAUGGAGAGGGAGGUUGUGAAGUGA